AUGAAACCAAUCCGACGAGUUGCCGUAAUUGGCGCCGGACCAGCAGGGGCAAUUGCAACGGAUGCCCUAGUCAAAGAACAAGCCUUUGAAACCAUCCGGGUUUUCGACAGGCAAACAGUUCCAGGAGGAACAUGGGUUCUUUCCGCACACCAAAACACCGGCAUAAACUCCCUCCAAGAUCUCCUUCACCACAAUGCCGACCAAAGUAUCCGCAUACCGUCCAAUUUUCCAUGCGAAACACCCGUAACGAAAGAGAUCAAUUCACCUCAACUACGAUUCUCCGAUACAGGCACACACCCACAGCUACACAGUAACUUGCCGCCCGAUAUCAUGUGUUUCACACAAGAGCCCAUUCCCCCGGUGUUAUCAAAGCAGACACUGACACAGUACGGUCCAGACUCACCUUUUCGUUCCCGAGAGGUGAUUCAAGACUGGGUAGGUUCUAUCUUUACCCGAGGGGGACACAGUCACCUCCUUGAGCUGGGGACAACUGUUGAACUGGCCGAGCAUGAAGCCGAAGAAUGGGUUCUCACGUUGCGAAAAACAACCCCGGGAGGAGAGAAGAAUUAUUGGUGGCAGGAGAGGUUCGAUGCUGUUGUAGUGUCUACCGGCCACUACUAUCUCCCUUAUUUUCCCAAUAUCCCGGGGUUGGUGGACUAUGAAGAGCGGUUCCCCGGGACUGUUCGACAUAGUAAACACUAUCGGGGGGCAGAGGAGUUUCGUGGAAAGCGAGUCAUCAUAGUAGGCGGCUCAGUCUCAGCAUUCGAAACCCUCCACGACAUCCGCCAAGUCUGCCACAAGCCUAUCAUCUCCUCGCUACGCAGUCCAUCGCGUAUCUUCGGUCCUGCGCCCUUCACUCAUCCCGACAUCGACAAUCGGAGCCAAAUUUCCUCCUUGGACGCCAAUACAGGCCAGGUUCACUUCACCGAUGGAUCAUCGAUCGAUAAAGUAGACCAUAUCCUAUUCGCAACCGGCUAUGACUUUAGCUUUCCCUUCCUCCCGCAGUUUAAAUCAGUACAUAAGAGAAUCCCCGGCUUAUAUCAGCAUAUUUUCGACAUCGAUGAUCCAACAUUAGCAUUCAUCGGCAUGGUAACCGGUGGCUUCGGCAUCCGCAUCUUCGAAUGGCAAGCCGUAGCCACAGCACGUAUCCUCGCCGGACACGCAGCAUUACCUCCGCGAGAGGAAAUGAAAAUAUGGGAACUCGACCGGGUGGCGCAAUACGGCGAUCAAGCUGCAUUCUGGACUCUGAUUCCUGAUUUCGAGAAACAUUUUGAAGAGCUCCGUGUACUCGCGGGCGACCCGGCACCGAGGACAACGGGGAGGAUUUUGCCUCCGUAUCGGCCGGAAUGGGGGAAGGUUUUCUGGGAGUUUGUGAGGUAUCGAAAUAGGUGGUGGGAGAAGGAGGCGGAGGAGGCAAGGGGGAAGAAGGUAGCUUUACGUGGUAGCGAUGUUAAGAUUUAG